AUGGAACAGGACACCAGUGGAGUGGAAAGGCAACAACUGCAACAAGAGCAAUUGCAACAAGAGCAAUUGCGACAAGAGCAACUGCAACAAGAGCAGUUGCAACAAGAGCAAUUGCAACAAGAGCAAUUGCAACAAGAGCAAUUGCAACAAGAGCAACAAGAUCAACUGCAACAAGAACUGCAACAAGAGCAACAUCAGCAACUGCAACAAGUGCAAAUGCAACAAGAGCAGCUGCAACAAGAACAGCUAAAGCAGCUGCAACAAGGACAACUGCAACAAGAGCAGUUGCAACAAGAACAACAAGAACAGAUGCAACAAGAACAACAAGAGCAACUGCAACAAGAGAAACAAGAGCAGCUGCAACAAGAGCAGCUACAAGAAGAGCAACCGCACCAGCAGGCAGCGGUGCAACAGUCCUGA